AGCUUGAAUCAGCUCCUAAUAAUAACCAAUAAAACUAAAGUCAACAUGUAUCAAAUAUUUCAGAUCUCCGGCGAUGUUUUCAGGGCUUUGGGUUUGAAGAUGAAAAUUCUGAUAACAGUCAUCUUUAGUGGCUUACUAAUUUUGUCUGUUGUCUUACUAUCAUUCUCAAACAACUUCAACGACCAACUUAUUGAUGCUUCAAUCAAAGGGUCACCUGAGUCCGAAACACCAAGGGAUAAAUUGAUAGGAGGGCUUUUAACCACAGAUUUCAAUGAACGUUCUUGCGUGAGUAGGUAUCACCAAUCAUUGUUGUAUCGCAAGCCUUCACCGUACAAGCCUUCUGAAUAUCUUGUCUCAAAGCUAAGAAGCUAUGAGAAGCUUCACAAGCGUUGUGGUCCAGGCACAAGAGCUUACAAGAAAGCUACAAGGAAUCUUAGUCAUGAUGAUGGGAAUUAUGCAAGCAAAUCUGUUGGUGAAUGCAGAUACAUUGUGUGGGUCGCGGUUUACGGGCUUGGCAACAGAAUACUAACUCUUGCCUCUGUUUUCCUCUACGCUCUCUUGACAGAGAGAGUCGUUCUUGUUGAUCAAAGCAAAGACAUUAGUGACCUCUUCUGCGAGCCAUUUCCAGGUACUUCAUGGUUACUUCCUGUUGACUUUCCAUUGAUGAAACAGAUUGAUGGAUACAACAAGGAAUACUCUCGUUGUUACGGAACAAUGUUGAACAAUCAUGCCAUUAACUCAACUUCAGUCCCAAGGCAUCUAUAUCUUCAUAUUAUACAUGAUUCAAGGGAUGAAGAUAAGAUGUUCUUCUGCCAAAAGGAUCAAGCUUUAAUCGAUAAAGUCCCUUGGUUGAUUGUCAAAGCCAAUGUCUACUUUGUUCCAUCUCUAUGGCUUAAUCCAACUUUCCAGACCGAACUAAUGAAGCUCUUCCCGCAAAAAGAAGCUGUCUUUCACCAUCUGGCUCGGUAUCUUUAUCACCCGACAAAUCAAGUUUGGGGUAUGGUCACUAGGUACUACAAUGCUCACUUAGCCAGAGCAGACGAGAGACUUGGGAUUCAAAUACGGGUUUUCAGCGACCAAGCAGGGUAUUUCCAGCACGUCAUGGACCAGAUCUUGUCAUGUACACAAAGAGAGAAACUAUUACCUGAAGUUGUUUCACAGGAAGAAUCGAAAGUCAACAUAUCGCAAAGCCAGAAACUUAAAGCUGUUCUUGUCACGUCUCUGUAUCCAGAGUACUCUGAUCGCUUAAAGAACAUGUUUUGGGAACGACCGAGUUCGACAGGAGAGAUAAUUGAGGUUUAUCAGCCAAGUGGAGAGAGGGUUCAACAAACAGACAAGAAGCUUCACGACCAAAAGGCGCUCGCAGAGAUGUAUCUUCUUAGUUUAACAGAUAAGAUUGUCACAAGCGCAAGGUCUACAUUUGGAUAUGUUGCGCAUAGUCUUGGAGGAUUAAAGCCAUGGUUACUCUAUCAGCCAAAGGAGGCUAAAGCUCCUGAUCCACCGUGUAUUCGAUCCACGUCGAUUGACCCUUGUCACCUUACUCCUCCGUCUCAUGGAUGUGAUGCCGAAUGGGGAACUGACUCGGGAAAGGUUGUUCCUUUUGUAAGGCAUUGUGAGGAUCGUGAGAAUGAUGGGCUUAAGCUAUUUGACGAGUUAUAGAUCUUGUUUAUCAUAGCUGAUUUCAUUGGAUUAUUGAGUUAUUGAAACAGAGGAUCAAUUUUUAUAUUUUUCGUCUAUAAUAAUCAUCACUUUAGUUGAGAUUCAGUUUUUAAUUAAAAACAAAAAAGAAUCAUGUUUGUACGCUUACAACUGACACUUUACAGUUUACUAUGGUAUCCUCUGUAUUGAUAUGUUAAUGCAUAGAAACAAUUUAGCUGUCAAUAACGUUUACAAGGUUUCACUGGUUUAUAAUAAAUAGCAGUUUACAUUUACUUAUAUCACUUAUAUUAUUUGUUUUCAUGACACAGAAAGUGGAAACUGCAUCGUACGCAACGAGCUUUGAAAAUCCUCUGUUCCAAGCUGAUGAGCAAAGUUUCUACCUUUAUGGUUCCUCUGUUCUCAAGCUGUGUUCCCGUCUUUGUCUUUUUCUGUCAGAAGAAGCCCUGAAGAUACUUAUACCACUGUAUAAAUAGAAGAACAAGUGCAUUUACAUGAACAGUGAGCUCCCAUCCUCAUUACGCUGAUGCAGAUCCCAAAUUUCUUGUCAACUGAUAAAUAACUAUGUUCUCAAUACCUACAACUAACUGUGUUUCCACAUCCUCGCCUGACCUUUUCAAUAUAGGCUCUUCAUACUUGGAACAUUCUUGAGAUCGAAGUCUCUUGGCCUUUAAUCUAGCAUAAGCUUUCCCAAAGCAUCAAAUGCAACAUUGUAGCAAACCCUAUCAAGUGAAACGUUCUUGUCUCUAAACUCUUUGAGCAGAUCAUAAGCUUCCUACAACUUUUACCCGUCUGAGAACAGCACAGAAGGAUCGAGCUUGCAAUCAGAAAGUUCAUUCUUUUACCUUUCUGCGCUAUUGUAUCAAAAAAACAAAAAUGCAAAGCUUUUGGGAGAUUCAUGUUCUUGCGAUGUCCUUCAAUUAUCGCUGAGUAAACACACACAUCCUGAUCAAUCCCAGUUUCCUCAAUGUCAAGAACAACUGCUUCAGCAGCGUCUAUUUUCAUCUCGUUGCAUUAAACUGCAGACCAAAAGCACGUAAGUAUGUGCAUCCACAUCCAGCCCCAGCCCCGCUAAUUGCCAGAAACUAGACUCCGCCAUAUCAGUUUUUCCGGAAGCAAUCAUACGGUUCAUCAGAGAAUUCAAUGCCUUUGCAUCCGGAGCACAACCGGGGAUUCUUCUGGAAGAAAAUAAACCGAUAGCUUCGUCAAAAUUUACUAGAUUAGCAUAGGCUUUGACCAAGGCACUAAAGACCCGGCUCAACAACACCAAGCAACCGUGACACUCAAAACGGCUUUCUCCAUCUCCUUUCCUAAAGAGUUCAACAACCAACGGAUCCAAUUUCUUCUCCCCAAUCCCCUAACUACAAACAAUGCUGAUAACAGUCGCAUAAGCUUGGACACUAAGCCCUAUUUCCUUCAAUUCGUUUCAGAGACGAUAAAGCAAGAGAAAGAUCAUCCCUCACAAUAGCUAAAACUCGCAAACGCCCAAUUUCGUUCAAUUCCACUGCUUUACCAUCAAAGUUACCUUCUUUCACUUUCUCCGAAUGUGAGAUUCUUGGGUUCGUCAAGUGCAGGAACCACGUACAAACGCGAAUUGGGUGCUCUUCAAAUCAAUCGUCUCACAUGUGAGAGUAAUGGAUCGGAAACACCCGCAUGAAAUACUUCCCGCCGUUCCUGUGGCGGCCGGAGAAACAACUAGCAGCGACUAUCUGAAAAGAGAUUCGA